AGAAGAGGAAGAACAUCCGGGCAUUGUUCCGUCGCAGGAGAAACGGCUGACAGGAGCGUUCUGCUACGCACCACAGAGAGCUCCUUUCUUUACUCUCGACAUGGCGCAGGCACCUGAGGCCGGGCUGCAGGAGGCUCUGCUCUCGGAUGAAGAGCGGCGGCGGAACUCGAAGCAUCGCUCCAGAUCACGAUCGCCCGACCGGAAGCGGAAGUCAGGAGACAAGAGGCACAGACGCAGCCACAGCAGAAGCAAAGAGGCGCGGAAGAAGGCCUCUGAGAAAGCUCUGCGGUGUCGGAGCGGAUCAGAGGAGCAGCUGGAGACGUCAGAUAAAGACAUGGAGGAGCGGCGGCGUCGGAAAGACAAGAAGUCCUCCAGACCAAGAAGCCUGUCACGAUCACGCUCGAGGGAAAGGUAUUUCCCUUUGAUUCGUUUGAAUCAGUUGGAGAGAGCAAAGAAGCUUCAAGAACAGAAAGAAAAAGAGUUGUUGGAAAAACGGCAACAACAAGAGAUAGCAGCAGGUUCUCCUCUCACUCUUAGGUUGGAGAGAGCAAAGAAGCUUCAAGAACAGAAAGAAAAAGAGUUGUUGGAAAAACGGCAACAACAAGAGAUAGCAGCAGAAGCAGCUCCACUCUUGUGCGAUACGGCUGCGGCAGCACCCAGUCCUGGCCUGAACGUUGCAGCGCUGCUCGCGUCCGGCACACAGGUCACUCCUCAGAUCGCAAUGGCCGCUCAGAUGGCGGCGCUUCAGGCCAAAACGCUGGCAGAGACGGGCAUUGCUGUGCCAAGCUACUACAAUCCCUCAGCGGUGAACCCAAUGAAGUUUGCAGAGCAGGAGAAGAAGAGGAAAAUGUUGUGGCAGGGGAAAAAAGAAGGGGACAAGUCACAAACAGCUGAGCUUUGGGAGAAGCUGAGUUUUGGUAAUAAAGACCAAAAUGUGAAAUUUCGCAAACUUAUGGGCAUCAAAGUAAGA